GAGAAAAAAGAAAAAACAAGAUCCACCUCGAACCUCUCUCCACCCUCUCACUACACUCCAAAUCCAAUCACAAUCAUCCCUUCUUCUUCUCUCUUUCUCUCUCUAACCUCUCAAUCAAAUUCAACAAACUGAUUCUCUCUUCUCAUCAAAAUCCCAAUCUCCAUUACUACUAAAUUACUAACACACCCACCUCCUUCUCAAUUCAACAAAAAAAAAAAAAUGAGAGAAGAUGAUUCAAAUUGGUUUUCAAGAUGGGAAGAACAACUUCCACCACCAGAAGAACUCAUGCCUUUAUCACAAACCCUAAUCACACCUGAUCUCGCCAUCGCUUUCGACAUACGAAACAACCCUAAUCCACCCACAAUCCCACCACCGCAACAACAACAACAACAACCACCACCUUCUUCUCUUCCUUCCUCCACCGAUUUCGCCGAUUCAACCGAACUCACCUCCGGCACUGCCGGCGAAGAGCCAGCUCGAACACUCAAACGCCCUCGUCUUGUCUGGACCCCACAGCUCCACAAACGCUUCGUCGACGCCGUGGCACAUCUCGGUAUCAAGAACGCUGUUCCCAAGACGAUAAUGCAGCUUAUGAGUGUCGACGGUUUAACCAGAGAAAACGUCGCGAGUCAUCUUCAGAAAUAUCGUCUUUAUCUUAAACGCAUGCAGGGUAUUUCGUCUGGUGGUGGUGGUGGUGCUUCCGGUGGUGGCUCUGCUUCUGUUAAUGAUGCUGCUACUGAUCAUUUAUUUGCUAGCUCCCCUGUACCGCCACAUUUUCUUCAUCCGGUUGCCCGGCCGAAUUCCGAUCAUUUUAUGCCGUUUGUUCCUGUUCCUGCUAUUCAUCAUCAGCAGCAGAUGGCUGCUGCUCAGUAUCAUCGGCCGGUUGGACAUUUCGGGUCGCCGCCAAAUGGACAUUUUGAUAAUCCUUUUUUGUCUAGACAGCAACAUCAUCAACAGCAAAACCAGCAUCAACACCAGCAGCAGCUUCAUAGAAUUGGGGCACAGGUGCAUCAUAACACUUUAGGUGGUGGUGGUGGUGGUUAUGUGGAGGAUAUGGAAUCAGCUAAUGCAUCUGGAGGGAGAAAGGUUCUGACUUUGUUUCCAACCGGAGAUGAUUGAAUUUGGGUUAUAAUUAUUAUAUAUAAAAUAUAGUGAUCUGAUUCUGAUCCGUCUCAUUAGUUGCAUUGCACCUUCAAUUGUGUCUUCUUGAGUCAAUUAAUGGUGGGUCAUUGAUGGUGUAUUUGAUGUUUGGUCAGGUUCUUAGUUGUUAAUUUAUGUUAAGUGUCAUUGGUAAUCUUUGUCGGUGUUGAUGUUACUAAUUGGUAUUGGAGUCUAUAUCAAGGUUAAAGUAUGCAGAUCCGAAAGCUCCACAGUCUAUUAUGGUGUCCUUGUAGAAAACUAGUUAUGUAAUUACCUUGCUCGUGGCGGUCUAUAUAGUCUCUGUCGGGUUCUGGUGACCGACAUUCAUCAUGAUGUCACUUUUGGAAGGGAUUAUGAUUAUGCAUGUGUUUGACGAAUCAGUAGUUGUUUCGUGUAUAGGGCUUCCUCUAUGUUGAUUUAUCCCACGGAUGUUUGGGAAUUCGGCUGCAGAUCAGUGUAACUCAGAGUGUUACGGUUUGGGAAGUUUUGAAUUGGCAUUUUUGGCAGUGGUAAAAGCUGUAAGUUUCAUACUUUUCUCUGCAGAUGGUAAUAAAUACACAUAAUACCCGGCAGGAAAUGAUGGAAGCAUAUCUGAUUGGCACAUAUGAUUGUGAAUUCUUCGACUAAAUUUCGGGAGGCUCUAUUAUGACGGAAUUGUCUCUUUCAUGUCGUGUCGUAUCGUAUCCUACAGAGGUGAGCUGUACAUUGUCUGAUUCUAUAGAAGGCUUGAAUGCCUGAUGUAAGGCAGUUGUUUAAAAUUUAAUCUUACUCCACUGUGGGGUUAGUUUCUCUAAACUAGACAUUAGUUUCCAUAGUUUCUGGAUAAACCUUGCUUAAAGAACACAAUAAGCUCAUGUUUACUUAGUUGUGUAUUUCUUCUUAUUUGACUAUCCAUUUGCUCGGAACAAGUAUCUUAGCAUACUAUGUUUUUGAGGCAUAAUAAGGUAUAAUGUUCCAAGUUCCAAUUGUUCAUAUUGACUUUUUUUUUUUUUUUUUUUGGUUUGGAUGACAAAUUGAUGUACUUAAAUUGAGACUCUAUUGGAAUACAUUACACAAUGUGGAGUUCUGUUAUCUGUGAUAAA